AUGACCAAAUCCAUGCUGAAAAAGAUGCCUUCCAAGUUUCCCAAAAUGAUUGUAUUUGACUUGGAUUACACACUAUGGCCAGAUUGGAUCGACUGUACAAAUGGGCCACCUUAUGUUUAUGAUGAAUCAACAAAUUCAGUAAUAAACCCAACAGGAGAAUACCUCGGAUUUUUUGAGCAUACAGCGGAUAUCAUUGCACUUAUUAAGUCAUUUCCUGACACUCAAAUUGGAAUUGCAUCCAGAACGCAGACUCCUGAAUGGGCAAAGAAAGCUAUUGGACUUUUGCGUAUUCCUGGGCUUAACAAUACGACACUGGUGGAGAACGUGGAUUAUCUCGAGAUCUAUCCCGGCAGUAAACUAAAGCAUUUCAAGUCUCUAUCCGAGAAAUCAGGCAUUUCGUGCAGCGAUAUGCUCUUUUUCGACGAUGAAAGCAGAAAUCGAGAGGUGUGCAAGCUUGGCGUCCAUUUUGUUCAUGUCAAUACAAGAACUGGCAUCACACCGUUUCAGUUUGAGAAUGCGCUACAUGCAUUUGCUUCAAACUCGGGUGCAAAGCAAGCCAAGAUGGAUACCUUCUUUUCUGCAAAGAGCAAAAAAAAAUAG